AUGUCACAUGAUAAUCAAAAUGUUUCUACAAUCGGUAAAACUCUGAAUACUGUAACCAGUCAAAAAUCACAUCCGAUAAAGUCACAGCAACGGUCAUCUAUGAAAAUGUCUAUAAAGAAUAAGCUGUUACCUAAAAAAGGAAAAUGGACAAAUGACUUUACUACAAAAUAUCAACGUGUGAUAAAUAUUCCUCUUCAAAAUGAAAUUAUGAAAAUGAAAAAGGUUGAUUGCAAAGAAUAUACAGAAUCCAUCGAUAACAGAAGCUAUGAUGAUAUGGAUGAUGAUGAUCCAGUUACUGUGUUGCGCAAGGAAAUACAAGAUUGGAGAAUUAAUGAAAUAUUAACAUCUAGAACUGAAGAAAAACUUACUGGAACUCCAAGCGAACAGCGUAGUUGUAGUUAUGUUGCUUCCGGAGAAACCACAAAAAGACAACAAAGUCCAAAUGUUCCCAAGUCUUCUACAACGUUUGUUGCUCUCUCAGCAGUAACAAAGGAACGUGAUAUUUUAGAAUACUUGGAUUUGUGCGUGGAUCCGCCUGACCGCUUGCCCGUGUUUUGUCACUCAAAAAUGCACUCGCAGUCAGCGUGUGACUGCUACUGCAAAACUCGCGUGCCGAUAGCGCGGCAAAGGGAGGAAAUUCAAUCUGCGAGGAGCCGUGUCAGAGAUUCUAGGAGCUCAGUUCCUAAAACGGACGCUAUCAGAAGCGCGAGAAAAAUUCCGUUGGUUUCAGCAAAAGUUGUCGAUGAUGAACAGUUCGAUAGCAAAAGAUCUACGAUAACACUUCCGGUUACGCCGGAUCUUAGCCCAGAGACGUCGGCAACUCUCGACGACGUACAAAAAUUGAUCAAAGAUGCACAGAUUCGUAUGAAAGAAAUAAGCAUAGUCACUAAUUGUAAUCGACUUCCAAAAAAUAUGUCUGUAUGUCCCGACGAGGCGCCACUCGACGACGAAAACGAUCAAUUAUUAUACAUUCGCGAGCGCGUGGCGCAUAAAUUUCAAGAAGCGAACGGCUGGGUCGAUACCAGCUCCACGGACUCGAGAAUUCAACUCUCCGGCGAGGGGCAUCCCCUGGCGAAGCCUAAGAGAGUUGUCGAUCUGUCUGCCCCGAAAUUCAGAACCUCCGAGGACCGUUACAAAGAGUUCUCGCGACAGAGGAAGCUGGAUAUACGAAAGUUGGGCCUGCCCUCGUCGCUAGCAGACGACGCACCCGUGAACGAUGAAAAUGGGAAGCUCGAUGAUCAAGCACGUUCUCCAAGACGCGAGAGAGACAGAGGUAUCGACGCGUGUUCCAUUCAGACGUGUCCUCCUGUGAACAUCAAGGGAGACCUGAUUACCCAGAAUUUGCAGAACAUCCACAUCUCACCGGACCCCUUCUUCGUGCAGGAGAGCCAGAACGUUGGUACAUACGCGAUAGUUCACAAUUUUUCCAGGAAGACCGAAUCUCCGAGGAGGAGAGAAAAGGUGAUUAAGAUAUCGGAACAUAGCAACGACGAUAAGAACAAUGGCAGACGGAGGAAAAGUGACUCCAGGGAUUACAGCGAUAAUGGGUCUACACGCGAUUUAGAAAGGUCGGGAAGAGCUGGUAUCUCGGUAGCAAAUGAUGAGAAACUCACUGAAGAUGCGAAAGAAGCACGUGAGACGUCAGUGACGAACUUGGAGAACGUGGAGAACUCCGAACCAAUGGCUUUCAAGGACUCUAAGAUUGAUUAUGGCGAGAGAAUGUUAGAGGGAAGUGCAGGACCUAUGGAUGCUCGCGAUGUUAAUUCGGAGGACGAAGCGAACGAUGGAGCGACGAAAGUAGGUUCGAGGAACGAUCAGAAGCAAGUACGAUUCGAGGAACAGGCAUCAAAGCCGGAAAGCUGUGAGGAUCGCUUCGAAUUGCAAAACAGGGGCGGAAGCGACGCGACUUUGGUGCAGGAUUUAAAGAUACCCUUGACAUCCCUGGAAUUAAAGAUUCAGGAAGUUUUAAAGGAUAAUAUAGAGCAAUUCAGACGGUCUUCCGCUUUAAGGGAGGUCGAACCGAACGAUGAACACGUGCCGUUAUCGAGCAAGGAGAUAGAAGAAAAGCACAGGAUCAAUAAGAGGAGGCACAAGGAGAUCUGCGAGAAGCGAGGAGCGAAGGAUGAAGACUACAAAAUUAUAGACAAACGAUUCGCGAAUAUCGUCAAAACGUAUUGCACCAGGGAUGACAACGGUUCAGAAGAUCGUAGCCACGUUCUCUCCUCGAGCAUGAUCUCUUCCGAAGAUUCUACAGAGUCAGACGAUCUCUACGAUCUCUACGAGCCACCUCUGAACGAGUUCGAUGAUGUCCUAGCCUCGUACAACAAAAUAAUCGACAAUAUCGUUCGCACCACGAAAACCAUCGACGAGUUCCUAUCGCGACCAGAACUCGACGAAUAUCGAGCAGAAAGCACGUCCCAGACGAAGAUUAACAAAAAGUCUGUGUCAGUUAAUCCGACAUUAUUGAACAAAGGAAGAAUAGUCUCGAUAGAAACGAACAAUUCACUUCCAUCUCGAACUAAACACUGUACUAAUCGACCUGACAAUCGGUCAACAAAUGUAGACACGAACCUUGAUAAAUCGAAACGAAGCAGAUCCGUACCUGCACCGACCAAGAGAUCCGUAUAUCCGAGCAACGAUGAGCCAAAGAAUAGAUGUAUCGUUCCAAAGACACCGACUAGACGUCCAAGUAUCAAAACGAAAGACAGGUUAGACGCUCAGAAGAAAACGCAGAGCCGAGAGACCACAGGGUCCAGCGAGGAUAACAGUAAGAGCAACAAAAUGUCGAGGAUUGUGGACUCUAAACGAACCCGACCUCUUGAAACGCGUUCUCUUCGGUUAACAAAUGACAUGUCCAGCCUGACCACUUCCUCCACGUGUCCGCAAUCCUCGAGUACUGAUACGAAGACCACGAACGACACGAGGGUGUCGGAAGAGGUCUCAAAGUCAACGACCAACGACGAGAAUGACGGAGUAGCAACGACCUUAAGAAUAAAUACGUUGGAUGUGAAUGAGAGGAAAACACAGCAGGAUAAUCUUGAUUGCGCGACGUUGCAGGACGUCCUCAAACAAGGUUUCCCAGAAACAAAGAGAGAUCUGAUCGCGCAUGUUAAGGAUAAAGAGAUAAAGGACAUUCUCAACGUCAACGAGAUCGUUCCUCUGAUGGUGAGAGGCUUGCUGGAGAGUUUGAGGAGCGAGGUUAAUUUUGGAAAGCUGAAGUUGCUAGUUUCCGAAGGGACGUCACCGAGAAACCCAGCUUCCGCUCACGACAGAGAGAUAAAAAUGAUCGAAGCGUGGAGAUCGGAUGGCGAGUCUGAGUGUCAAAGUUCACAGUCGGACCGUCCGCCAAGUAAGAAUCUUAGCACUACGGAAACGGUUGAAUGCAACGACGAGAUUAUCGAUGGACAUGUCUCGAACCAGUCUGAUCACGAAGAGGCUUUUAAUUCCGGAAACCAAUCUUCGAGAUCUAACGAGACUAUACCGCGGUCCAAAGCUGAGCAUUGGCAAAAUGAGAGUGUGAAUGAAGCUAAUUCUGACAUGGAGUCGUUAAAAGAAGCUCGUAUCGAGAAUUACGUUAAAUCCGAGUCUAAAGAAGAUGACGGUCUGGAAUUAAGCGAAGAGACGAGGGAAAAUUUGAUUUCUGACAAAACUGUAUCAAACGUUGCUAUCGACGAUCCAGUUGGAACCGAGGAAGACCAGGUGGUUUCACAGGAUAAUGCAUCGCGGAAGAUAAACGAAGCUUCGAAUGUUGAAGGUGUCGAUAAGGAGCUGUUAAUAAUAAAUGAGGCUGAAAAUACGAAGCACCCUGAGUCCUCGAGUAAAUUGUCAUUGUCAAACGACGUGAUAUCCGAUGUGAAAACGCAAAAAUCCGUGGAAUCGGUGGAGAACGUGGGAAAAGGUACUGGACAGUUGGGUAGUAGCUUUUCUCAGGUCUCGUCGUUCGAUUCUCUCCACGAUUGCGGAUCUCUUCGAUCUUCCUCGAGGAGUCUUUCGAAAACGUCGAAUAAUAUGGAACUUUCGCAGGAAGUUAACGAACAUAAGCAGAUUGCGCGAACGAGUAACCUAAUUGAUGACAGAAUAACGACUGUAGAUAUUUCGUUCUUCGAUGGUGCAUUUGAGAAGGAAAAGAUUUUAUCAGACGUCUACGAUGAAACGCACAGAAAGUUCUUGUCUUCUACGUGCCUCGAUUCCAAUUAUCCGACCAUGCUCAAUCAACAAUAUAGGGUUUCUAACGGCAUAUCCACGAUAUCCUCGAUAGAGUCGAAUAAGACCGAAAUUUCAUCGAGUACUUAUCACUCUGAGGGAGAAUUAUACAUGCCUAGUUCCGGUUCAUAUUCCCUAGGAGAAAUUCGAAUGUUGAUGAAAAGUCAAUCAGAUGGAGAAAAUACAGAUGAUUUUGAUGAUAAUGUUUCGAUUUUCGUUACAAAAAAGAUGUUGACUUCGUGGAACGAAUCUUCGAAGUCGCUCAUUCAAAGUAUGGGAGAAAUAUAA